AUGGAUGAGUGUGUCGUCGCGUUGCGGUCUGCCAAGUUACUCCACAAGGCCAUCGAAAAGGCGGAAAAGAAGUUUUCAGCUUCAACGCCGGCUGCGCUGCAGAUUCCGGCGAUGCCACCAGCGGACGUUAUGCUUCAAUUGAAUCACUAUUGGGGACCGUUGAACAUAUUGGAUAACGAGAUGGACUUUGGGUUUGCAAUGCAGUUCGCGGACUUUGAGGGGACUAAUUCAUUAUUCAUGGCCCUUGAUGAUCCAAGAACAAUGCAGUAG